AGAAUGCUGACCACUAUUCUACUGAAUACAUGAGAAUAGUGUACAUUGAAAACUGGACUGAUGAGGAUGCAGCAUGUCACAUUGCAUUCUGUGAUUAUCACAAGCUGAUUAUGCAUAAUGAGGAUAAUUAUCAUGAAUUUGUCACAAAAUUUUUACAUCUGGCAGAGGAGGUCAAGAUUGCCAGAGGGGACUACAAGACAGACUUCAAUGACAAGCUGUUCUUUGAUCUUCAGAAGAUGAUAGCAGUAGUCAAUGUGAUCACUGAUACAUAUGCUGAGUUUCAGAAAAUCUGUGUGCAGGCAGCUCACACCCUUCAGACAAUCAAUGUCACUCAGAAAUCAAAGAGCUCACAGAGAAAUGAGUAUAAUAUCUUCAAGCAGAACAUUCUGCAGAUCAUCAACAGUCAAAUAUCUUCUAGCAUCUCUGCAACAAAAUCCUCUACUGUGAAGAAGGCCUUGAGCUCUCAUUCAGAUAUUCAGUGCUACUACUGUAAGAAAAAAGAUCACAUUGCCAGGAACUGCUCUACAAAGCAGAAGUCCCAGCAGAUGAUUGCUGAGCUCACAGAAAAUGAUGUCUCUGAGUCUUCAGCAGACUCAGAAAAAGAGAAGUUUCAAGAACUCUCAUUCAAAUGCUGCAUGAAAGGAUACAAUGACACCUUCAGUGGGGUGAUAGAUCACACAUUGACUCUAAACCUCUGGGUGAAUGACUGGAGAUUUCAGAAUGUCCCUCUGCUGAUAACAGACCUAGGCCAGCACUCUGUCAUCCUGGGACAGAAGUGGUUGGCAGCACAGAAUAUAUGA